ACAGAUGUUGGUCCAAUGUCUCCUUGAUGUAAGUCCUUCCCUGUCAAGGCAGGCUUGCCGGGUUAGUUGGUGAUGUACGCCUUGUCCGCCUUAACCACGCGGGCGGUUGGCGUGAUUCCUGACUGCAGCGGCAGGAUGGCACUAGACAGCUAAUCCCUCGUCCAUGGGAUUCACAAUCCAGAUGACUUAUCCCCGCACUCAGGCUCCACGAUGGACGCAAGGAUGAUUGGCUUGUACCGCAAGUAUCCCCUGGCUUGUUCUCACCGCAUGUCCCUGAGAAUUGCCUGGGCGAAUAGAGCCUUGGCAAUAUUAUGUUGGAGCACGUCCAUGAGGCUUUUUUCAAUGCAUCAAGAAAGCCCCGUCUGCCAUUGCCAACCACGUCUUCCGGACUCAAUGGUCCCGGUCCAGAACGCUGCAGCGCGGGGGGAGCUGCAGAAUAAUCACAUGGUUGCUCGACAAUAUCAAAGCUUUCGCGUUAUCGCGCCAACCGCCCGCCUGCGGCUGCAAAGACAAGGCCACUGUUCCGUCACUAGGGCAUCGUGCUCCCAAACUCGUGCACUUGAGUGCUUUUGGCACCUCCCGGAUCGAAAUAUAGACGCGGUCAUCCGAGAGCCGGCCGGGUUAUGCAGAUGCAUGAUGUAUGUCAAGCGUUUCGCUUGGAAAGCUUCGUUGGCAGCACACAACAUCCCAUGGCUUCCCUCCACUCGCUCUCAUAUUUUGUUUUCCUUCAUGUCCCUCUUAUCGUUCCUGUCGGCAUCCAGUCUGGUGCAAGUGUUAUUCACCAUUACGCCGUGAGGAGUCCAGGGUGUAGGUCCACAAAUGUUGCCACCUGUUCGGUGUCACAAUAGUCGAUGUUGCCAAGGUCUUCUCGAAGCGUGGGGUGUGGCCUGAUGCUCAGGAAGUCCUUGUAGGCACCCAAUGACAUUCCAUGUCGAG